AUGAGUUGUAUUGGUAGUCGUGGCUGUUCAAAACUAAACUAUCUUAUUUGUGGCACAAAAGACUUUCCAUCGAUAAAUAAAAAGAAAAAAUCCACGUUAAGGCAAGCAACAAUCAUCACUGAUGUUAAUUCAAAUAAGAAAAUCAUUAAUCAACAUGAAUCUUCUUCUAUGAAUUUCAAUGAACAAAAUAAUAUCAAUAUCAGAUCAUCAUAUGAUACACUGCGACAAGACAACAGUCAACAAGCAACAUUCAAAUGUAAUAAAAAUAAUCAAAAGAUGAGAAAUUAUUCAAUGGAUGAUCGAUUAUUUCAUCGAACGUGUUCAACAUUAAAUAAUGAAAUAAUUAUAAAAGAUGUUAUUCUUCAUCGUAAUAAUCCAAAUGAACGAUUCGGUUUAACUUUAUGUUAUGGUAUAACAUCAACAUCAAUAAUAAAUAUUUGCAUCGAACAAGUCGAGAAAAAAAGUAUUGCUGAUUACCAAGGAAAACUUCAAUGUGGCGAUCAAAUUAUUAAAAUAAAUAAUUAUCCAGUUACAAAUAGAGAUCAAGCCAUUAAUCUUGUCAAUGGAGCGUCAACGAUUAUUUUACAAAUUAUUAGAUGUCAAUCUAUCCGAACAAAUCAUCGAUCGAUACACAAAAAAUGUUUUAAUCAAUUCAAUGGUCUUAAAAAAAAAUCUGUUAGUUUAUCUUGUUUAAUAUUUGAGCAAUGCGCUGGUUAUCGUCAGAGUCAUUUAUAUUCGGAACAAAUUCAAUAUCGUCGUUGCUUGUCUUUAGAUGAUUUCGAAAAUUGUUCAAUUAUUGAAGAAAAAUUCGAUAACAAAAAACCUAUUAUAAAAGAUUUUCUUCAUUCAGAAAUAGAAUUCGACAGAAAACAUAGUAAUGAAAAAUCAAUAAUAAAACCGCUUUCAUUUAAUAAUCAUAAUGAAAAAAUGAUCGAAAGAUAUUUUACAUAUUUAAAAGAAAAUUUCAACCAUAUUGAUACUGGUAAAUAUGGGUCCAACAAAAAUAAACAGCGCAAUAGUAAUCGGCUCCGUUAUCCUAAAAAUCAAGAUAUAAAGGAAAAAACUCGAUUAUUCAUAAGAAAAGAUGAUCGAUCAAUUAGUCUAUUAAAGCAAAGUCGAUAUUCUAUUAAAGCACAACGAAGAAGAAAACAACAUCAACGAUCAAAUAUUUAUGAAAAACAAACAAAUUUUUCUCAAGAAAAUUUGAUUGAAUCAAUAACAGAAGAUUAUAAUUUAUUAAAUCGAAUAUUUUUACAUGAAAAUCAACAAGAAUUAAAAGAAAAGCCAUAUUUAGCAAUAAAAUAUCAACAAGAAUCAAUUAGUGAAAAAGAAAAAUUAAAAACAAUUCUUCAGCAACAUCGAAUUGAUCAUCAUUUAACAUUUCCAUCAACUCAAGAAUAUCUAUCAACAAUAAUUGUUUAA